UCCAGUAUCCUUCAAUUAUUAUUAGCAAAUAGCACCACCAAAAUAAAACCUCUGUUUUAACUUUAGUUUAACAAGCAGUUAUUUGAAAAUGGAUUUCAAUGACAAAGUGGUUUUAAUCACCGGCGCCAGUUCAGGGAUAGGAGCAGCCACGGCGAUUCACUUCUCCAAACUAUCUGCGAGUUUAGCACUCGUCGGUCGAAAGGAAAACAACCUGAAAAGAAUUGCUCUAUAUUGCGAAAAGGCUAAAGGUAUUAAACCACUGAUUAUAGUAGCCGAUGUAACGGACGAUUCUAGUCUUGGAAGGAUUGUGAAUGAAACAAUAGAUCACUUCACGAAGAUAGAUGUUUUGAUCAACAAUGCCGGAAUUAUUGCUGUGGGAGGAUUAAAAAGCUCUGAUAUUGAUACUUACGAUAAAAUCAUGGCGGUAAAUAUGAGAGCCGUGUUUCAGUUGACAAAGUUAUUCACACCACACCUUAUUGAUAGUAAGGGAUGUAUUGUUAACGUAUCCAGCAUUCUUAGUACUAAAGUUAGUACCCAGUCGCUAGCUUAUAGCUUGUCUAAAGCUGCAUUGGAUCAGUUUACUAGAUGUGUUGCUUUGGAACUUGCUCCUGAUGGUGUAAGGGUCAACUCGGUGAAUCCAAGUUAUGUGAAAACUAACUUAUUAAAAGAUAUCGGGUUGACAGAAGAUCAGUUGGAUAUGUACACACAGAAUUGUAUUAGCAAGACACCACUGAAAAAGUUGGUGGAAGGAGAUGAAGUAGCAAGUUUUAUUGCCUUUCUGGCGAGUGAUAAAGCUAAAAGCAUAACUGGUACUUGUGCUGCCAUUGAUGCUGGUAAAUCAUUAAGCUAAACAUAAAUUUUUGUCCCAUAGUGUCCUUUGAGCAUCCUCCUGCCGCCACUUAGCCAUGAUUGUUAAAGUGGUUAGAUAUAGAUUUCCUUGAGAUUAGAUAUUUUUUUCUGUUAUUGUAUUAUUACCUCAUUAUUUAAACUAAGUAUUUAUUGUAAAAGUAUUUUGUAGCUGUACAAAAAUCGCAUUUUUCCUAGUAUUACUUUUUAAAUAGGUUCUGUGGCUGUAUAUAAUUGUGAUUGCAGUACUUACAGUAUUUAAUCCUGUAAUCUAAGUUAUAAGAAAUUAUUUGAGGCAAUUAUGGAAAUAUUGGUUGAGUGAUACAACACAAGAUGAAAGAUGAUAUUAUAAAUACCUACCUCAUUAUAGGUUAUAAAGGUGGAAUUAGAUAGAGCAAACAAGCGAAUGCUCACUUUAUCCUCAUUUUGUCAAAUUCUCUUUGGGUUAACAGACAUAGUAUUGCUUUGUCUAUCCAAAAGAAAUUGAUAAAGAGGAUAGAGCGUUUGCUGUUUAUCCAAACAUAUAAAAAAUGAGUUGACACUUGACAGAUUGGGAAUAUAGCAAGCAUUUGCUUGUUUGGUCUAAAUCCAUCUUAAAAACUGAACAUAUCAAAUUAAAAUGGUGGAUUUUUAGAAGUAAGCAUAUCUACUUGUAGUAGGUACAAGUAGGUACUCGUAUUAUUUGCGCAAUCUCGCAUCCGACGCUCUUAAAAGUUAUGUAAAAAAUAUUUUGUUAUACUUACUUUAUUCUAUAUUUUAAUUAACUUAUUGUUUAAGUUUACUUAGAUAAAUCUAAUUUAUCAAAUAUAAUCAUUGUUGAAAUU